AGUGUGUGCGUGUUCAUGUGCGUUUAGGGGCCGAAUGACAGAACAGCCCGGCGUUUGUGAAACAUCAUCGGAACUCUUUAACGUAUGAUUUUCCCUUACGUGUCCUCUCCCAGGGGGGGUUAGGUUAAAACAAAGUUUGACUGUUUUUUUUUUUUUUGUUUUGUUUUUUGUUUUGUUUUUUGAGAACAUCACAUAUCCUCCCGUGUCGAAACAAGAAGGGUCGGACGGAAGAAUUCUGCCGAUGCGCUGUUAAAACUCCGCGUCUGUGCGGCCGUGGCCGAAAGGCUGGAUGCAAAUGCGAUGGAUUAAUCCGCAGCAGGCUGGUCCCAACUCAUCCCCUUGAUUGUGACCCCGCUCGCUGCGUCUCCUUCAGGGAUUAUUUCUACUCUUGACGCCCUUCACCUUCCCCCCGAGCUGAGAUGACAGAGGAGUGUGUGUUGCGGUGUGUGCUGAUGCUCUGCUGUGUGCUCCUGUCGGCCAAUGCCAGCAACUGGCUGUACCUGGCCAAGCUUUCGUCAGUAGGAAGCAUCCGGGAUGAAGAGACGUGUGAGAGGUUACGUGGCCUCAUUCAGAGACAGGUUCAAAUCUGUAAGCGCAGCGUGGAAGUGAUGGAUGCAGUACGUCGUGGUGCUCAGCUGGCGAUAGAUGAGUGUCAGUUCCAAUUUCGUAACCGUCGGUGGAAUUGCUCCACUCUCGAGAGCAUGCCUGUGUUUGGCAAAGUGGUCACCCAAGGCACUCGUGAGGCUGCCUUUGUGUAUGCCAUCUCAGCAGCCAGUGUGGCGUUUGCGGUCACGAGGGCCUGCAGCAGUGGAGAGCUAGAAAAAUGUGGCUGUGACCACAACGUACAUGGAGUCAGUCCAGAGGGAUUCCAGUGGUCAGGCUGCAGUGACAACAUUGCUUACGGAGUGGCUUUUUCUCAGUCCUUUGUGGAUGUGAGGGAGAGGAGUAAAGGCCAGUCUUCCAGUCGGGCCCUCAUGAACCUGCAUAACAACGAGGCCGGCAGAAAGGCCAUCCUGGCUCAUAUGCGUGUGGAGUGCAAAUGUCAUGGCGUUUCAGGAUCAUGUGAGGUGAAGACCUGCUGGAAAGCGAUGCCACCCUUUCGCAAAGUUGGCAACAUCAUCAAGGAGAAGUUUGAUGGUGCCACAGAGGUAGAGCAGCGCAAAAUGGGCUCCGCCAAAGUCCUGGUGCCUCGAAACUCCCAGUUCAAACCUCACACUGAUGAAGAUCUGGUCUACUUAGAACCCAGUCCAGACUUCUGUGACCAUGACCCCCGCACACCGGGUAUGCUGGGCACAGUGGGCCGCCAAUGCAACAGAACCUCAAAGGCCAUUGAUGGCUGUGAGCUGAUGUGCUGCGGCCGUGGUUUUCAGACACAGGAAGUUGAGGUUGUGGACAGGUGCAGUUGUAAGUUCCACUGGUGCUGUUAUGUCAAAUGCAAGCAGUGCCGCAAAAUGGUGGAGAUGCACACCUGCCGAUGAUAAAAUGGGCACUGGUGAUGGAUUGAACAAAUGCCUCUACUCCUAAUUAUAACUACAGAGCACCCUAAGGACUUGAAGCAAACCUCCUCUGCUGGAUAGGACCAAAGCGUCUACUACUUGUCCAUUCAAAAAGCUCAAGAAACUGAGAGGUGCAUCCACUCCCUAGUCAUGCUGUUCAUUUUCUGUAUUAGAAAAAACAUUGGCUCCCUCCCUCUACUCCUUAUUGUAAUGUUUAACUUAUUUGUUGAGACUGAGGAGUUUAUCUGGGAUUGACUAAGAAGGUGGGCCCACACUAGCACAAAAAAGGAGGGAGAAACAGCUCCCGUGGAUGGGUACAGUUAAGGGGUUUGGGUAUCGAGGAGGGGUGCCGGCCUCUGUCCUUGCUGCUGCUGCUUCGGGGACAAAAUCAGAGCACUCCAUGUCAAGGAGCGUCAAUUAAGGACAAACUGCAAAGAUUGAACCUGUCGUACAUAGACUAUGUGAUUUGCUUUCCUUGUAUGCAUGGCUGCACUGAGCUGAGAUCUUGUUAUGUAGAGUUGUGUACUGUAUUUGAUGCUGACACAUGCAAAGUUUUCUGUCCAAAGGGGACCGAUGCAAGUGAAAGCCACUAUUAUCACCUUCCUGUAAACUUAUAGCCUGUGCACUAAUGGUACAAAAAACACUCACGCAGAAAAUGUUGCUCUAAAAGAGCUGUACCCAUCAACAGUUAAUAGAGAAAAUAAAAGAGGAAAAAACCCAGUUUGUAAAAAACAUGUAUACUGUAUAUAUUACAUAUAUGAUGAGUAUGCAAAUACCUGAUAGGUAGCACAUCCACUGGGUUGCCAAAUGCAGCAAAAUUUAACCUUAAGGGUGGCAUAACAGUUAACAUACUGCGGUCAGUUGGUUUCACAUAGAAUUUACCUUAAUUCACCAAGAACUCAGCAUAAGAAACUUCUGAAAUUUGCUCACUAAAAGAUCUUAAAACACAUUAAUUAACAGUUUGUAAACUGUGAAUUAGCAUU